AUGGGUGCAAGAGUGCGAUGUGAAAAAUGUACAAAAAGUGGUGGAGAUCUCAUUCACAUUGAUGAUUUCUUAAACGUGCUUAAUGAAAAAAUAGGAGUAGUAGAAGGAAAGGAAAAAGAUAAUUUAGAAGAAUUUGAGAAAUUUUCUAACCCUUUGGAAUUAAUGUUAAACAAUUAUAAGGAUCAGUUUAAUUCUACUGUCCAAUUAAUCAUUAAUGAGGUUCAAAAAGUGAAGCAUUAAAUCCAUGAAUAUUUCUCCAUCUUUAAUAAUCCUUUAGAAUCUCAAUCUCUGAGUCAAUUUGAGAGUGUUUGUCACAAAGUUUGUUCAAAUGUCUUUGACCAGUUUGAUCUGAAAUCUUAAUAUAAACAACUAAUUUAUCCAAUUAAGUAACUCAUUAACGUGCAAGAAUUCUAUUCCGAUAAGUUAAAAACUUGUUUUAAGCAACUUUAAAACGAUAUGACUAAUUAUGAGCCUACAUAUAAUUUUAAUGUGCAAGGCAGGGUUUGUACAGCUAUGAGUUUGGGUUAAUGUGAUGAUACUUAAAUGAUUGCUAUGGCAUUAGAAAAUUAACUGAGAAUCUAUGAACUAGUAAUGGAAAAGAAGAAAGUAAUUGAAAGAUAGUGUUUUAAACAUUUUACUCAUAAUAUCGCUAGUGUUGUUUUUAGCGAAGAUAAUAAAUAUUUAGUAGCAGGAGGCACAUAUGACAAGCGAAUGAAUAUUUAUGUAGAAUGUGAGACAAAAAAAAAAGAGUACCAACUAAAAGCAGAGAUUAUAUACGAAAAUCCCAUCUACAGUAUCAUCUUUACUUCAAAUAACGAAGAUUUAAUAUCAGCUUCAGGUAAUGAUCUAUUUUGCAUCAAUAAUGCAGAUAUGAAAACUAUAAUUAAUAUAGAAUCUUAAGAACAUAAGAGAAUUUAAAUACUCGAAUAAAAAAGUAAAUAUUUGCUAAAUUUUUCUCAUAAUAACACAGUGUAUUAAUUGGAUUAUUAAAUUAAAGAAAAGUAGAAAUUUAUUUCUUGUAGUUAUGAUAAACAAAUUUUUAUUUGGGAAAAAAAAUUAGGUGAUUGGAAUGUACUCAACAAAAUAAGAGUGCAGAAUUCAGUAUAUAGAUGUAGUUUCGUUGGAGAUGACACUAUUGUAGUUUAAGAGAAUUCGAGUAGGCAUUUGACAUUUUACAAAGAAGUAUCAAAUUAAUAAUAAGCUAACUAAAAAUAUGAAUUUUAUGAUCUCAAUACUGAUUUAUCACAUAAUUUCCCCAUAAUUUAUCUAGAAAGUCCGGGUCUAUUGAUUGUGAAACAUAACUCAAAAAUAGUGUUUUUUAGAAAAAGAGGCAAUGGUAUCUUUUAUAAAGAAGAUGAGAAGAAUGGAGAAAUUGGAACCAUCACUUUUGACGCUUAGUUUUACUUGAGUUGGGAAAAAGAAAAACAAAAAGUGGUAAUUUACUAAUAAAUGGAUAAAUUUUAAGCAACCAAAUAACUGUUUGAAGAAAGGUAUUCCCAAAAACAAUUCAAAACUAAUGAAGAAAAACCCACUUAGAAUCUGUAUCAAACAACCAGCUAAUAGGAAAGUUAAUUAAGUGCAUAAAAUACAAAUGUGAUUAACAAAGGCCUAAAUAGUAAUGAUAUUAAGGUGGAGAUAAAGAACGAUAUUAAGGUGGAGGUAAAUAAAGAUAUUAAGAAGGAGAUAAAUAAUGAUAUUAAGAAGGAGGAAAAUAAUUAUAUUAAGAAGGAGAUAAAGAAUGAUAAUUUACUUAAGGACAUUAAAACAGAUGAUCGGAUGUUAGUAGAUCUAGACAACUCUGAUUCUCUAUAGUUAGUUUAGUUUACCUGA